CCUGCGUAUUGGUUAAUUUCUUGUAAUGGGCGUGGCUGUGGCUGAAGGUGAACUACGUAGCAUGGCUGGCACGGGAACUGCGUGGAGGCCUCCUCGGGCGUGCGACGAUUACUGGAGCGAAUACAAGCACUGCAAAAGCCUCCUGCAUCGCUUUCACUGUUAUUACACCCUGGGAGAGGCGCCCUCCUGUCAGCAAUGGAAAGCAGACUAUUACACCUGCAGAGACUGGGAGAAGCACCAGACCACUGAAGCUAAGGAAGCAUUGCGUGGAAGUGAGCGUCAGAGGGUUGCGCAGCAGCAGAAGCACGCCCCUGUCUGGGAGCUGAGAAAGAAACCACCCGCUGACUGGCACCUGCCUCUCGACUACCGGAACCCAAAGGACUCGUGAGCAGCAACCGGAGGAGCAGGACUGGGGGGGCUCCGGGAAUCUGAUGAGCAAUCUUUUUUUUUUUUUUUUUCUUUACAUUUAAUCCAAAAUAUAACAGAACAUACUUGACCAUCAUUCGAUGCUAAUGCUACAUUACCUUAAGGUUUACAUUUGUUUAAUUAAUUUCAACGUCAUCUGUAACUCUUAUCUACAUGCCUGUUCUAGAACUGGAACGGCAGGUUUUUUUUAUUAGGGUUGUGCCUGUUCUAGAACUGGAAUGGCAGAUUUUUUUUAUUAGGGUUGUGCCUGUUCUAGAACUGGAAUGGCAGGGUUUUUUAUUAGGGUUGUGCCUGUUCUAGAACUGGAAUGGCAGGGUUUUUUAUUAAGGUUCUCCAAGGACCUUAAGGGUGUUUUUGUGUAAAAGCGCUACAUGUAUGGAGAAAUAAAAUAUACCCCAAAUAAUAAUAAUAAAAAUAUGCUAAUAACUCUA